CGACACUUGAGGGCCAGCGAGCUCCGUGCAGGGCUGCGGAGGAUGUCGACCCCGCUGCGGGGACCAGCUCCGGGUCGGACCCCCCCGUCCUCCAGUCGGCUGUUCCUCGCCCAGUGGCCCCCCUCCCGCGGCUCCCUGCACCCAUGAAGCCCCCGCCGAUGAGGCCCCGAGCUGCCGGUGCGAGGCGGAGAGCAUGUACUGGCGCGUCGGGUUCGCCUGGACGCGGUCGUGUGUGGUCGACCUCAGCCAGAACCGGAGCGUCUCCUCCGGCCUGCUGGGCUCCGAGGAGCGGCUCUCGUUUUCCGGGUACGUCGUCGCCUGCCCUCUGCGGGGCCACGGCCCGGUGAUGUCGGCGCUGGGCUCGGACUCGUGGUGGCGGAAGACGCUCUAUUUGACCGGAGGGGCUCUGCUCGCCGCCGCCGCCUAUUUGCUACACGAACUGCUCUCCAUCAGAAAAGAGGAAGAGCUCGACUCCAAAGAUGCCAUCAUACUCCACCAGUUCUCCAGGCCCGAGACUGGCGUCCCUUCCCUGUCCCCUUUCUGCCUUAAGAUGGAGACCUACCUCCGUAUGGUGGACCUGCCCUACAAGAACUACUUUGACGGGAGGCUCUCGCCGCAGGGCAAGAUGCCGUGGAUCGAGUACAACAAGGAGCAGGUGUUCGGCACGGAGUUCAUCGUCGACUUCCUGGAGGAGAGGCUGGGCGCGAGCCUCAACGCCGGCCUGACGCCGCAGGAGAGGGCCAUGUCGCGCGCCAUCACCAAGAUGGUGGAGGAGCAUUUCUACUGGACCAUAGCCUACUGUCAGUGGGUGGACAACCUGGAGGAGACCCAGAAGAUGCUGCCGGUGAGCGGGCCGCUGAGCGACCUGCUCAAGUGGAUCCUGAGUCAGCUGACCGGCGGGAUCGUCAAGCGGGAGAUGUACGGGCACGGGAUCGGGCGCUUCUCCGAGGACGAGGUGUACGCCCUGAUGGAGAAGGACAUGCGCACGCUGGCCACCUUGCUGGGUGACAAGAAGUACCUGAUGGGCGCGAAGCCUUCGUCGGUAGACGCCGCCGUGUUUAGUCACCUGGCUCCUGCUAUGUGGACUCUACCCGGGACGCGGCCUGAGCAGCUCAUCAAAGGGGAGCUCAUCAACCUGGCCAUGUACUGCGAGCGCAUCCGCCGGCGCUUCUGGCCCGAGUGGUUCGUGGACCUGGAGGACUUCUGCUACAGCGACACCGCAGAGGACAGCGACCGCAAACUGCGCGACCUCGGCCUCUACUCCCGCACGGACACGUUCCGGGACGCCACGCACACGCACAGCUCGCACACGCCGAAGGACCCUCUGUCGCCCGACAGCGACCCCACGGGCCACUCGCUGUACGACUCCGACAUGGACACGGAGUGCUCCGAGAUGGACCACAGCAAGUGUUGACGAAAAGCAUGCAGGUGUAGCAGGCUCCUCACCACGUGCGUAUGUAGGGAGGGAGGGGGAGGGGUGGGGGGGGGGGGGGGGGGUGCAUCACAACCCUACCCGAGCCCCCCCGACCUCUGUGAGCAGAAAACAACUGGGUCGUCCUGUCGGGUGACUCCUGCGUCAGUGGAGAGGUUCAGGAUCCAGGUUGCACACUGCGGGGGGGGGGGGGAGGAAAGAGGGGGCAGGGGGAGGAACUCCUCCACGCGAACGACAUCUUCAUCCUCACAACUUCUACCUGCUGCCGCGUCGCCAUGGCAACUCAAACGUGUGCGUGUGAUUCAUGUAGCGGAUUGUGAGCUGCAAUCUGCCAUCAGCACCUUGAGACUAUGUUUGUCUUAUUAAGACAAUCAUUUUGGCCACUUGUUUCAUUUCCCAACGUUAGAAGCAUAAUGUGGAGACUUGCAUGGUCCCUGGGGGACAGCGGGUUUAGGUCCAAGAGACAUUUGACUUGCAUUCGAGCAUUAAGGUAAACAAUCAUGUAGAAAUAGAUGAAAUAGAUGUGUAGCGUAACGGGAAUGUGCAUGGCUGGUGUGUGGGAAUGAAAUACUCGCGCUGCACUUCACAGUAUUUAUUUUACGAUGCACUUUGGUGCAGAACAUUUUCAGUGCUUCUGAACCAAUCAACCAUAAAAAAAAAUGGAACCGAUUUCUCCUGAACAAAAAGGUCAUUUUUUUUCUUCUUUUCUGUACUUUUUGUAAAGAUUCUGAAUCAUGGGUUUCUCCUAAAUCGUUAUAAUCUAGCAGACCCAGGUUAAUGUCACUAUGUGCACAUACCAACACAUGGUGUGCAGAGGCUAUAAUAUGGACGCAAGCAUUGAGUGCGCACUGUGUACGGAUGGGGGGGGAAACAGCGUCUGCAUUACAUCGUUCGUCCACUAGAGGGCGCUCAUCCGUUCACUUCACGCUCAACAAACACCUUGCAAUUAUUUUAUUACCAAAUUAAAGAAUUCCUUUUUUAAAUGAUAUCGGCCCAAAUAUUGCCUUGUUAAGAUGCUACAGGAGAGUAAAUGUAUAAUAUAGAAAUAGUAGCAGUAUAAUGUAGCAGCAACGAUGUUGAAGACAGCGGCGUGAUGCUGAAAAACAUAACAAUUAAUAUCCUCUUCCACUUGAUUUCAAGGCCUUUAGUACGCGACAUGAUGUACAUUGGGCCUACAUUCAGAGCCUCCUGCAGGGAGAUGGGGAAGCCUUUGUGCGUGUGUGUGUGUGUGUGUGUGUGCCACAGAUACGUUUAAGUACAAUAAUACCGUGUGAAAAAAAGCUCAUCCUGUGUCUUAAAACUCCUUGUUUGCAUGUCGUUGCCUUCUCUCAUCAUUAGUCAGAUUAUGAAACUGACUCCUUAAACUGUUUACUUUCUAUCAGUGCCAGUAUAUAACUUGUGGUUGUUUUUUUUAUAUGUCAUGUUAAUACAUUAUAGCUUAUUUAUUUCAUAUUGUUUAUAUUUAUUAAUUUUGAUGGUGGAUUUGAUUUAAAAUUCUUAAAAUCAACAACGUCGUUACUUCUUUUGCAAUUCUCCUGUGUAUUCGGGUGCAAAACCUCCACUGGACAAACUGCAUAUUCCCACGUUGCCAGUCAUCGCCGUAGUAGUUGAGAAGUCAUGUGCUAAAUGUCGUACUCAUGUCAUAAAUAUCGAUGUCAUUGUGUUAGAAUAUUACGGUCCCUCCGCUGCCGAUUAUACCGUCAGAAGUACAACGUUUUACCGGGUGUUCCUCAGAGGUCAGAGGUCAGGGGUCAGUGUGCGCCGCCGUCUGUGGAGAUUUCUGCUUGUAGACCGUAGCAGCCGCAUCGUCUGUGAUGAGACACUCAUUAAAGUGUAAAUAAGAGAGCCUGGGGGGG